AUGGCCUCUCCCCCACUCGCCGGAUCCUCUCUUUGGACACACCCCACGCCUCUGCCCUCCCUCAGGCCGGCCAGCCUGGAGCCAGCGGCCGCGGCGGUGGAGGUGGGCAGGCUCAUCCUCAAGGCGGCGGAGUGGUCGCCGCAGUCGCACGAGCUCUUCCCGGAGGCGGCUCGCAAGCGGGCGGUCGAGGUGAUGCGGCUGGGCUACCUGAUCGCUUGGGACGAGGAGCGCUUCGACGGCGAGGGGGCGGCGCCGGGGCUGGCGGACCUCUGGCGCAGCUUUGUGCUGCCAAGGGUGGUGGUGCGGCCCGCCGCAGGCGCACCGCGUUCCCCAUGA